UACUUUGAAAUGUUACUGGUACCUCCCUCUAGCUGACUUUUCCCAUCUUGGAACUUGGAGCGUCGAUAGAAGUUACCAACAGACAGCAAAGCCAUUCCAAGAUGACAGAGUCGGCAGAGGAUGUAGCAGCCAAUGUGGAGUCCAGGAGAAGCGUUACCAUCGAGCUCUCUAACCUCACUAACAACUACCACCUCAUCAACCCCAGGGUGUUCCUGGAUAAUGGGGAGACAUACAACCCUCCUCAACCUACAGUGGGCCACCUAAAGACGGAGGUUUGCACUUUCAGCAAGUGUGGCGGCAAAGCAACCGGCAGCGUUGGUGUGAUGACCUAUGACCUUCUCGAGAAGUCGCGCAAUGACUACAUUGAGACUCUGGCCAUCAUGUUCUCCAUUCCCUGGGACUACAACCUGUACAAGAACUGGUUUGCGGUGGGAAUUUACCCCAAGGGCCGUACAUGUGAUGAGUCCCUGUUCAAAGAGAUGUACUAUAACAAAAAUCAGCAAGGGUUUGUUAGGGAGGAGGCAAAUGGCUCAGGAAUAAAUUAUGUAGGGAGCUACCUAGACAUCAAGGCCACCAUGGGCCCCCUGGGCAAGGCCAGUAUGAAGGUGGAGGUAUGGGAUAAGCUCUUCACACCACCCAUGGGCCAGCAGGCAUGCUAAACAGACCCCUCCUCUCUCUGUUUUUGUGUUAUUUUGAUGUGUCCCUAUAGCAGAAUCCAUCCCUCCACCUCAAGCUAUUACCUGGCAGGCUGCUUCUAUUACAGUCGACAUGCAUGAUUUACCAGAUGUAUUGUUGCUGACAUGUGUCUGUAUAUCUAGGUAUUACCCUUCAGUAAAUCUGCUUAAGAUCAGAGUUUAGCUUGUUUAUAAAACCAGGCAGCAAUAUCCUCCCUUUUUAGCAGAAGCCUCUGUCUGCUUCAAUGGCAUCCUGCUUUAAAAUGGCAUCUUUAGAAAUGGAAAUCAAAGGAUGACUCAACGGAGGACGAGGGCGCAUAGCUUAAUAAAACACACCGAGAGCAAGUCUGUAUUUACCUUGACACUGUAGUCUGAGGAAUAAAAUAAACCCUUUUUUUGCUGA